UUGUUGCCGCCGCCAGCUUGGCUGAGCGGACCGUUAGCGGAAGGAUGGUGUGUGAGAAAUGUGAAAAGAAACUCGGCACGGUUAUCACUCCAGAUACAUGGAAAGAUGGGGCAAGGAAUACCACAGAAAGUGGUGGAAGAAAGCUUAAUGAAAACAAAGCUUUGACUUCAAAGAAAGCAAUUUUUGAUCCAUAUGGAAAGAAUAAGUUCUCCACUUGCAGUAUUUGUAAAAGUUCUGUACACCAACCCAGUUCUCAUUACUGCCAGGGCUGCGCCUACAAAAAAGGCAUCUGUGCAAUGUGUGGCAAAAAGGUCUUGGAUACCAAAAACUACAAACAGACUUCCGUGUAGGGGCUUUCUUUGAUUUCAUUUUCUGCCUUGAAUUUUCAAGGUACAACGUAGACGUUCAUCUUACAGAAUAGCCCAUGUCAAGACAAAUAAUUAAGUUUAAACCCGGGAAGUUGACCGGCGUUCUGUUCUUUCACUCUCAAGCCGUUGUGUAUAGCAAUGCUCUAACCAGUCUCUGCCGUAAGUGGUUAUUUUCCUUAUGAGCAUUUUACCGAACUGGAAUCAGUGACAGAAGUAAUGCAAGUAAUACUCCUGAGUUUUGUGUGCACUUUUUAUUUAACAUCAUUCAUAUCA